AUGGAGGCAAAACCGACAAUCGCCAUCAUUGGAAGCGGCUGGGCUGGCUUUGUCAUGUCUCAGCAACUGAGCGUCGCAAAAUACAACAUCAAGAUCAUCUCACCAAUCCGCACGUUACAAUACACGCCAUUACUCGCGAGCGCAGCAUGUGGGCUUUUCGACUUUAGACUGGCCGAGGAGCCUAUGCGACGACGACACAGAUCAAAUGUGCAAUAUUACAAAGCCAUGGCUGAGAGCAUUGAUUUUGAGAAGCGUGUCGUCAAGUGCAAACCAUCAGUGUCGGAGUUUUGCAAAAACCAAACCUACGAGAUCAAGUAUGACAAACUUGUCAUUGCACCUGGCUGUGAUGUCCAGACUUUCGGCACACCUGGCGCAAAAGAACACGCACUGUUUCUGAGGACAACGACUGAUGCCCGUCUGAUUCAAGAGAGGAUACUCGAGAUUUUGGAUGCCGCCUCACUACCUGACGUUACCGAACAACAGCAAAGGGACUUCCUGACUAUUCGAGUCAUCGGUGGAGGCCCAAUCGGCAUCGAGGUCACAGCGGAGCUAUACGAUCUUUGGAACGAGGACCUGAAGUUCUUGUACCCUCACCUGGCUGGCAAGUUUUCAAUCGUAAUUCACGAUGUCGCACCUACCAUCUUGUCACCGUUCGACGACAAGCUCGGUGACUAUGCGGUCCAGUCAUUACACCAGAAGAAGGUCGAGCUCAAGACAAGUUCGCACAUUGAGAAGGUUGAGAAGGACGCCAUCUACACAAAAGAAGACGGAAAGCUGCCGUACGGAAUGCUCAUUUGGGCUACCGGCAACAAGGCGAAUUCGUUGCUCGAUAAACUGGAUGUAAAAAAGCCAGAGGAGGGCAUGCCUCGUAUCUUGACGGACAAAUACCUCCGAGUUCUCAGACCUGACGGAACACCAAUCGAUGGUACCUACGCCAUGGGUGAUGCGGCCGACAUCGAAGGUUAUAGUCUUCCGACACUAGCUGAAGCGGCAUUACAAAAAGGCGAAUACCUCACACGUGAGCUCAACAACGAAGCCGAUGGUAUAGCUGCACAAGCGUUUGAAUACAAGCAAAAGGCGCUUCUUGCUUACCUAGGCAAAGGUGAUGGCGUGAUUGGCGGAAAACAGGAUUGGACGGGUGAGAGUGCUUGGCUGGCAUGGCGGUCGAGCAAUCUUUCCUGGACUCAGAGCUGGAGGAGAAAGAUUAUGAUCUCGAUCAAUUGGUUGUUCGUCUGGUGGGGUGGCAGAGAUAUUGCUCGUAAGUAG